AUUAUUAAUCGUGACUCCCGAACGGGUAACGUGACUGCUGGGAAGGCGGCAGUGUGCGCGCUGCUGCGGGCAUCUGAGUCCCUGACUCCGACGGUGUCACUGUUGUCGCUGGCGGACCUGGAGGGCGUAUAACGCGGCGUGGGGCUCAGUCAGCCGGCGAUCGACAGUAUUUAUUUAAUUAGACAAAGCAGGGAGGGAGAGGUGGAGGGGAGAAACACAGCUUCCGUCUUGUUUACGCUUGUCCUCCAUGGGGACAUGUGGCUGUUCGGCUCAAUUGUGUUCACCGGAGUAUGCGUGGUUAGAUCGGGCCGUCCUGCUGAGUUUAUGCCCUCCCCCGAGUACUAAGUUUAGUUGAUGCAUCGUUGGCUAGCUAACCGGUUAGCUUAGUCAAGGAGUUCACAGGCCUAGCAAGCUGCCGGCUCGCAUCGAUUGACCGGGCGGGGAUGCACCUCGCCGUACGUGGGCUGAACUGAUUUAGCCUCGGAUCUCGCUCCCCGACCGAGCCUAAAUGUGGGAUUCACCCCGGAGUGGAGCUAACUGAGACCGACUGUGAGCAGGCUGAUCGGGCUCGAUCGCACCUUUGACUGCUGGCAAAUGGAGAGACCGCCGUUCAGACAGAGCCAGCAAUGCGGAGCCUGGGAGAUGAAGGAGAAGCUGGGCACCGGAGGCUUCGGCCACGUCUAUCUCUACCAGCACCAGGAAACCUCGGAAAAAAUUGCACUCAAACUUUGUCGCCUUGAGCUGACCCCAAAGAACAAAGAGAGAUGGAGUCGUGAGAUCCAGAUCAUGAAAAAGUUAAAUAACAUCAACGUAGUAACAGCUAGAGAUGUGCCGGAUGAAAUUAAGCACAUAGCAUUGAAUGAUCUCCCACUCUUAGCGAUGGAAUACUGUUCCAGAGGAGAUCUCCGAAAGCUGCUGAGCAAGCCGGAAAACUGCUGUGGACUGAAAGAGAGUGAAGUGCUAUCCUUACUCAUCGACGUCGGGUCGGGGAUCCAGUAUUUGCACGAAAACAAAAUAAUACACAGAGACCUUAAACCAGAAAAUGUGGUGCUUCAAGAAAUUAAUGGAAAGUUGGUUCACAAAAUAAUAGACUUGGGCUAUGCCAAAGAUCUUGAUCAGGGGAGUCUUUGUACAUCUUUUGUGGGAACGCUGCAGUACCUGGCUCCAGAGCUGUUUGAGAACAAGCCCUACACAGUGACAGUAGACUAUUGGAGCUUUGGCACCAUGAUCUUCGAAUGCAGCUGUGGUUUCCGUCCUUUCCUGCAUAACCUGCAGCCUGUGCAGUGGACCAACAAAGUCCGGAAUAAGGGUCCAAAGGACAUUAUGGCUGUUGAGGACAUGAAUGGGGAAAUUAGGUUUUCUACACAAUUGCCCUACCCGAAUAACCUUAGUCGGACUCUGGUGGAGCAUCUGGAAACUCUGCUUCAACUAAUGCUGAAGUGGGACCCUGUUCAGCGGGGUGGAGGAAUCCACCAAGAAACCAAACAGCCCAUGUGCUUCGCUGUUCUGGAUCAGAUACUGACCAUGAAGGUGGUGCACAUACUGAACAUGACCUCGGCCCAGAUCCACUCCUUCCAGCUGGGGCCUGAUGAGGGGCUCCACGUCCUCCAGCAGCGCAUCGAAGCAGAGACAAAGAUCGAACAUCUCAACCAAGAGCUCCUACAGGAGACGGGGGUUUCCCUGGACCCCAGGAAGCCUGCAGCUCAGUGUGUCCUGGAUGGAGUGAGGGGGUGGGACAGCUACAUUGUAUAUUUAUUUGAUAAGAGCCUGACAAAAUAUUCGGGUCCCUUGAGCUCCCGGCCACUUUCCGAGAACGUCAACUUCAUAGUGAGAGAGCCCAAGACCCAACUGCCUCUGACCACUCUGAAGAAAGUUUGGGGGGAGGCAGUGAGCUACGUCUGUGGAUUGAAGGAGGAUUAUAGCAGGCUGUUCCAGGGUCAGAGAGCGGCAAUGCUAAGUCUCCUCAGAUUCAACACCAACCUCACCAGACAGAAGAACAUAAUGUUUGCCGUUUCUCAGCAGUUAAAAGCUAAGCUAGAUUUCUUCAAGAGCAGCAUUCAGUUUGACUUAGAGAAGUACAGCGAUCAGAUGCAUUAUGGGAUAUCUUCUGAGAAGAUGCUGAAGGCCUGGCAGGAGAAUGAGGAGAAGGCAGCUGCCUUCGCACAGGUCGCGGAGGUUAAUCACCUUGAAGAGGAAAUCAUGGCCCUGCACUCGGAAAUCGUGGAACUGCAGAGAAGCCCGUAUGCGCGUCGACAGGGAGAAGUCAUGGAGCAGCUUGAGGAAAAGGCGAUAGACCUCUACAAGCAGCUGAAGAUGAGGUGCCGAAUGCCUGAUCCACAGCAUGGUUACAGUGACAGCGAGGAAAUGGUGAAGACUAUCCUUCAGACAGUCAAAAACCAAGACCAGGUUCUGAGGGAUCUUUAUGCACACCUAAGCAAAAUCUUACUCAGCAAGAAGAAGAUUAUCGACCUGUUCCCAAGGAUUGAAAAGUCGCUUGACAACAUUAAGGAAGCUGACACCACUGUGAUGCAGAUGCAGAUCAAAAGACAGAGAGAGUUUUGGCAUCUGCUGAAGAUUGCCUGUGCCCAGAAUUCUAGCCGGAGUUCAAUAACUCACAGUCCAGAGGUGUCAAACUCACCGCAAGUUUCGGGAUGGAGUAGGCAACCUGCCAGUACUCCGCACCCACUUACAUCUUUACCUGGACCAAACGACGGUGAUUCAGUUCCUCAGUUACUGGCAGAAAACCAGAAGUACCUGAACCAGCUAACCAGUUUAAUGCAGGAAACCAGUGAGGAACAAUCAAAAAGCAUGGUGGAUCAAGACUGGAGCUGGGUUAAAUAUGAAUCAUUGACUGUACAACUACAGCCCUUAUGAACACACACACAUUCAGUAGACUGGUGUACAGUUUCUUUGCCUGCUCAUCUGGUAACACUAAAGGGUUUUGUUGUGAAGACUGGUUACCACAAUUGCUGAAGAUUUUCAGAUAGUAUUUAUUUCUUUGAACAUAAGUGUCUUUCCAGUUUUGCAGUGGUUUUAUAUAAAAGAUCAUUCUUUUUUUUCCUGUGUCCAUGGCGUUUUGUCAAAAAUACUCUAAAGUGAAUAGUAAUCGGUCACACCGUAAUCUGAACACUUGGUGUAUUUUGAUUCAGUAAAACAAAACCGCAAUGAAGGACAAUAUUAUUAUAACUGUAUUAUUAGUAUUGUUGUUGUUUUUCUUGUUGCGUUGUUGUUAUUUUUUGGGCCAUUUACUGCUAAAUUCAAACUGCACUUUAAUGCCUUUGUAUGUCCCUCUGAGGUCUCUCUUGUGACCAAAAUUUGCUUAAGGGCUUUAUGCCCCUAAGAUGUGUCCCUUUCUUUCAGAUUUUUGGUUUUGGUGAGAGGAGGCAUCAGUUGGGCUUUUGCUCAUUCUCUCUCUCUCUCUUUUUUUUUCUCUUCUUUACACCACUAGUGAAAGAAAAUACAGAUGUAAAAUGAUUAAUCUAAAAUUACAUUUUAGUUUUCUUCAUUUUUUCUUAAAUCCUUUAUUAAUUUGGAAAAUGGACAGGUGCCUCAUCUGCAGUUUGAGUAAUGUGCUUGUUAAAUAGUAUUUGGUUAUAAACUACAGCCAAGCGAGAGAAGAAAUUAGUAAUUGCUUAAACUACCUAUAAUCUCAGUAAAUUUUAUUUUAUGCCACCAAAGUGCAAUGUAUGACAUUCUUAGUAUUUAAGCCUACCAUAUUGAAUUCAAUUUUAGCGUAUUCUGGUCUGGAAUAUACUUGUAUGUUCUAAUUGUUGUAUAAUUCUAAUGAAUGUACAGAGUAUACAAUAAAGUUCCAUGUUCUGCAGUA